AUGGCUAACAGCAUGGAAGGCCAAGAGACCAUCCAUAGCGUCUGCGGACCGAUCUGUCACUCUAUUGCCGAUAUGCGGCUCUUUGUCACGUCGAUUCUCAGCCAAAAGCCAUGGGCCUAUGAUUCUAAAGUCAUCCCAAUGCCAUGGAGAUAUGAUGAAGAGAAUGCUAUCAAGGAAAAGAUUUCCGCUCGGGGUUUGAAUAUGGGCUACUAUCUCUGCGAUGGAAAUGUUCUGCCUCAUCCCCCGGUCAUCCAGGCUGUCCAGAAGGUUGUUAACAAACUCAGCGAGGCUGGGCAUACAGUUAUUCCUUGGGAACCUUACCGGCAUCCAUAUGCUGUUGAUCUGGCUAACCGCAUCUAUGCCUCUGAUGGAGGAACUGAUAUAUUUUCGGUCCUCGAUACUUCUGGGGAGCCUGCAAUUCCUAACAUUGCGGAGCUUGUCAAGCCGGAUCUUCCCAAGUUGAGUCUCAAUGAACUUUGGGAUAUCCAGCUUCAGAAGUGGAAUUACCAGUCGGAUUACCUAGCCAGGAUCCGAGAGGCCGAAACGAAACUUGGUAAGGAACUUGAUGCUAUCAUUGCUCCUAUUACUCCUACAGCCGCUAUCCGACAUGACCAGUUUAAAUACUAUGGAUAUGCUACUGCGAUAAAUAUACUCGAUUUUACUAGCGUAGUAGUGCCCGUCACAUUUGUUGACAAAAAGAUCGAUGAGCCGAAUUAUCAAUUCAAGCCACUUACCGAAAUAGAUCGGACGGUGCAGGCAGAAUAUGAUCCAAGUGCGUAUCACGGUGCGCCAGUGGCAGUUCAGAUUAUCGGGCGACGACUUACUGAGGAGAGGGUUAUGAGCAUUGCUGAGGAAGUGGGGCGUCUACUUGGAAACGAGGUUGAUCUAUAA